CCCCCAGGCCUGGGCGCGAGAGGCCGGGCCCUGCUUCCCGGCGUCGUUUGCCGUCACUCAAAAGUCGUGUGCCUUGCGGGUGCCGUGAUCGAUUGCCAUGCCAGGCCGCACCCACAAAUGCCCCCAGGGCCCCCAUCGGGACUUUGGAUCGGGACUGUGGCCUCACGUCACGGCCGGCGCUGUUAAAUAGCAUCAAUGGCCCCCCAUCCUCGACGAGCAGGUGCUGCGGUGGUUUUUGUUUCCCCUCCCAAACUCUGCUUUCUGACAUCCUCGCCUCUCCACUAGCAUCUGCAUCUCGUCAUUGCCGCCUCGACACUGCAACCACUGCACUUGCGCCGAAGCCGCCUGAGCCCGGUUCGCUCUCAACCGCAGUGCUGCCGCCAAGACCGUCAUGAUGGAGCAGCAACCAUCAAAGAACUCGAACCACCCGUACUAUGACAUCGUCAUUGUCGGCGCUGGUCCCGUAGGACUCAUGCUCUCGACAUGUCUUGCGCGCUGGGGUUACAAGAUCAAGCACAUUGAUAACCGCUCUGAGCCCACGCCCACGGGUCGUGCGGAUGGCAUCCAGCCCAGGUCGCUCGACCUGCUGCGCAACAUGGGCCUCAAGCCCGCCAUCAUGGCUCACAAGCCCGCUAAAGUGUACGAGGUUGCCUUCUGGGACCCCCCCAAGGACGGCUCCGGCAUCACCAGGACUGGCACCUGGGCGUCUUGCCCCGACUUCAUCGACGCCAGGUACCCCUUUACCACUCUUCUCCACCAGGGCUUGAUUGAGCGUGUCUUCAUUGAUGACCUGGCCAAGCACGGAGUCGAGGUUCAGCGGCCGUGGACAAUCACCUCGUUCACCUCCGACGAGCACGCCAACCCUGACUACCCUGUCGAGGUCCACCUCGAGCACACCGAUGGUACCUUCCAGCAGGUUGUUCGCGCAAAGUACCUGUUCUCUGGCGAGGGUGCGCGCUCUAUGGUGCGCAACCAGCUUGGCAUCAACAUCACGCACAAGGACCCCAUCGCCCACGUCUGGGGUGUCAUGGACGGCGUUGUUCAGACCGACUUCCCCGACAUCAAGAUGAAGUGCACAAUUCACUCCCAGCACGGCUCCAUCAUGGUCAUCCCCCGCGAGAACAACAUGGUCCGCCUCUACAUCCAGCUCGCCUCGUCCACUGACCCCGACUGGAACCCGCGCAAGACAGCCACGGUCGAGGAGGUCCAGGCCUCGGCCAAGAAGAUCCUCCAGCCUUACAGCAUCGAAUGGGAGAGAGUCGAAUGGUACUCGGCCUACCCUAUUGGCCAGGGUAUCGCUGACAAGUACACUCUCGACCACCGUGUCUUCCUCGGUGGUGAUGCUUGCCACACCCACAGCCCCAAAGCCGGUCAGGGCAUGAACACUGCUUUCCUCGACGCUCAGAACCUCGCCUGGAAGAUCCACGCCGUCGAGAGCGGCUUCGCUGCCCGCGCGCUCCUAACGACAUACGAGCCCGAACGCAAGGAUGUUGCCGAGUCGCUCCUCGCCUUUGACAACAAGUACGCAAAGCUCUUCUCGGCUCGCCCACCAGCGGCCAACGAGGUCAAGGCCGCGUCGGACAACAGCAGCGACUCCUUCAUGGAAGACAACGAGUUCGUCAAGACCUUCAAGGAGUCGUGCGCCUUCACAAGCGGCUACGGAGUGGCCUACAAGCCCAACGCGCUCAACUGGUCGCCCAGCCACCCGGCCCAGUCAUCUCUGAUACACCCCAAGGGUACCAAGCUCGAGACCGGCCGGCUCAUGAUCAAUGCCAACGUCACACGCGUGGCCGACGCCAACGUCGUGCACCUGGAGCAGGAGAUCCCUCUGAACGGCUCGUUCCGCAUUUACGUCUUUGCUGGCCAACCCGGGGUCAGCGCGAAGGCCUUGAAGGACUUUGCCUUUUUCAGCGGCAAGAAGAAGUCGUACCUGACCUCGUUCCUGCGGUCCGACAUCGACAAGGUCUCGCACCACGAGGCGUACAACCCGCACAGCAUCUUCUUCACCUUUGCGACCAUCUUCGCCGCGCCGCACAGCAAGAUUGAGGUCUCGCGCGACGUGCCCGAGCUGCUGAGCAGGUACCGCGGGCUCGUUUAUGCCGACGACAGGCUCGACCUGCGCGCGCCCAAGGGCGCCAGUGCGGCCGCCCAUGCCAAGAUGGGCAUCGACCCGGAGAAGGGCGGCAUCGUGGUUGUCCGGCCCGACGGGUACAUUGCCAUGGUCGUCAGCCUGGUCGAGGGCAGCGGGACGGUUGAUGCGCUCAACGAGUACUUCAACACCUUCUGCACGCGCCGGCUGGGCGAGGUCAUGUCGCAGCUGUGAGGGGGAAACGCGGAACAGAGAUGACGGGCAUUUGAAUGUGGAUUGAGUUGAUUUCGGGUGCCUGGACAAGUUGGUUUUCGGCAUUUCACACAAAAGGCCGUGGGGAUCUGGAUUCAUCUAGCAUAAGCAUCAUGGGCGUUUGAUUUUGCAGCCUUGCCUCACUUUUCCAAGCAACAAUACCAAUCGUGUUCACAAUGAUCGUCAUCUGCACUGUGUAAGUAGAAGCCAAUGCACUUCAUGACAAGAUUGGGACAGUAUGUGUCCGGAUUCCGGCCAUGUGGUUUGGAUGAUUAGUGUCCAGAAUAGCCGGAUGUGGGUCCCGACCGCUUGGUGCUUAGCGAAGUGGCAGGGGUAUGUGGCAGGUCACGGGGAAAAGAUCGAAGGCGGCCCCGAGAGUUGAUGGGCUUGCACAAGCCUGUGCUUUGGAAUCGUGACAAAAG